AUGGCUCUUUGUGUCGAGUACAUGCUUCGAGAAACCAAAAAGCUUCAUGCUCAGAGAUUUUGGAUAGUUUACGGUGAGGUGAGGAGGGACCUUGAAGGUGCAGGAAACGAAGCCAGGCUCCACCCGAUCUACACGGAUGCCACGUACGACAAAAUCUUCGUAGAAACUUCCCUCGAAACCAACUCUAUGAGGGUGAAUAUUGAGUUAGCUAGGGAAGCUGUGAGGAAAAGACUUGUCUUAUUGAAGAAUGGUGAGGCUUCUGAUAAGCCAUUGUUACCCCUUCCGAAGAAAGCAACUAAGAUACUGGUUACCGGAACUCAUGCUGAUACCUUGGGCUAUCAAUGCGGCGGGUGGACCAUUACAUGGCAGGGUCUUAGUGGCAAUGAUCUCACAGCCGGUACAACUAUCCUCCAGGCUGUUAAAAAUACGGUUGAUCGGAGUACUCAAGUUCUUUACAGUCAGAACCCUGAUGCACAGUUUGUCAAAUCCGGUAAAUUCUCUCAUGCCAUUGUUGUUGUGGGAGAACCGCCGUAUGCCGAAACGAAUGGUGACAGCCUGAAUCUUACAAUAUCCCAGCCUGGUCCCGACACCAUUUACAAUGUUUGUGGAGCUAUGAAAUGUGUAGUUGAUGUCAUCUCGGGCAGGCCGGUUGUCAUGCAGCCAUACGUCUCGUCGAUUGAUGCACUUGUAGCCGCUUGGCUUCCGGGGACCGAGGGCCAAGGUGUUGCUGAUGUUCUGUUCGGCAACUAUGGGUUCACCGGGAAGCAGGGUCGUGGCAGGGUUUUCGAGGGCCCUGUACAAAUUCGUAUAAAGGGGCCCCUAUUUUCUUGA